AUGUCACGAAAAUUGCUUUUCUGCCUCAAUCACGUCAUUUUCACGCAUAUACAGCAUACAUCAGUAAGUGCAAAACAAUCAACACUGAUCACACAUCCAAACUGCGAGGCGCUUGGCGUAGGCGUAGGCGCAGGCGUAGGCGUAGGCGUAGGCGCAGCCGUAGCCGGAGCCGGAGCCGGAGCCGGAGCCGAAGCCGGAGCCGAAGCCGGAGCCAACGCCGAGCAAACAUUACAAUCUGUGAUCGCAACUAUUCAGACAACACACCCAAACUGCGAGGCGCUUGGCGUAGGCGUAGGCGUAGGCGUAGGCGAAGGCGUAGGCGUAGGCGUGGGCGUAGGCGAAGCCGUAGCCGGAGCCGGAGCCGGAGCCGGAGCCGAAGCCGGAGCCGAAGCCGGAGCCAACGCCGAGCAAACAUUACAACCAGUGAUCGCAACGUAA